UUUUGCUGGUAUUAAGAGACCUGAAAUGAAAGUAUCCCUGGAACCCAAUGUGAACUAUUUCUUCUACUUGAGGGCUGUCAACCCAUUUGGGACAAGUGAACAAAGUGAAGCAGCUCUCAUCUCAACUAAAGGGACUCGAUUUCGCCUGCUGAGUGACACAGCCCAUCCUGCUUUGCAAAUCUCCUCCAAUGCAACGGUGAUCUGCCUUCCUGAGAAAGCCAAAUUCACUGGGUUUCCUUCAGUCCUGGGUGAGCUGCUGCCUGCUCGAGGAUGUCAUUACUGGGAAACCAUUGUCUCUGCCUGCAGAAGCUACAGGAUUGGGAUUGUCUACGAGGCAACAUCACGGAGCAGUGUCCUGGGGCUGAGUGAUACCUCCUGGUGCAUGCGGUGCUGUCCUACACAAACCAGCUUUCUGUACAGAUUUCUUCACACUGGUGUGAUGAGCGAUGUUCGUGUGACAGAACACCCAACCAGGAUCGGCAUCCUGUUGGAUUACAGUGGUGGGAGACUGUUGUUCUUCAAUGCAGAGAGAGGACUGGUGCUGUUCACCAUCAGGCACAAAUUCACUGAUGCUGCUCACCCAGCCUUCGCCCUGGAGAAGGCUGGAGCGCUUACCCUGCACACGGGCAUGGAGCUGCCGGAGUUUGUGAAGCACAGCUAAUCCCCUGCCUCACACUCUCAGGAAAACUGACAAUUACAGUGUCAGUGGACAGGGAGAGGAAGGGGGUGUGAGGGAGGGAUGUCUAGUCUUCACCAAUGAAUGCCACGCACGCAGCUCUCCCGCACAUCAUCAGCAAUGGUAGUUAGUGCUCAGACACGUAAUCAACCUGAGUGAGGAGAGAAAAUCAACUCCUUCAGAUAGAGCGUGCACCUAGUGAUAUACACAGCCGUACUUUUGAAGGGAAAAAAGGUUUUGUUAGAAAUUAACAUUAAGAGGGGGGGAAAUGUACUUUCCCUGUGAAAAUAAUGACAGUGCUAGCUGUCCUUUUUAAAGUUGAUGAUGAGCCUGUGUAUAAAAUAAAUGCAUCUCUCACUGCA